CACUGUAGUGCGCCCGCGCGCCGGAAAGCCUGAUGACGCGCAUCGCGGUGACCCAAGGCGCUGGAAACGAAACCAGAAAGUGGUGUUUGAAUGUGCGAUUUCAGGGUGUAAUACUGCUCUUCGGCUGUCCUUGCAGGCUAAUGCUGUAGGUGCAUCGCCCGGCUCGUAGGGCGGACCGGGACCGGGACCGGGACUCGAACUCGGACUCGGACCCGGGGUGAUGAGACGGAUCGGCUGGUGGUGCACCAAACAACACUUGGACACUGACACAACUCUGACAAGAUGAAAAGGAGGUCCGAGCCGGCGGAGACUUUGAAGAAGAAGAAGAAGCGCUCGGAUGAGAGCAGCUUUGAUGACUGUGACGAGGAGGAGAGGUCCUCCCAGGACUCCAGUCAGAGUGAUUCCCACAGCGAUGACGAAGAUGCCAAACCCAGCUACUCGAUGCCCUCCCUGUCCGAACAAGCGGAUAGCCAGCAGCAGAACUCCUCCAGGUUCUCCAUGUACAACAGUGUCUCACAGAAACUCAUGGCCAAGAUGGGUUUCCGAGAGGGUGAGGGUCUUGGAAAGUUUGGGCAGGGACGGCGAGAGAUCGUGGAGGCUUCGACCCAGCGUGGCCGGAGGGGUCUCGGCCUCACUUUGAAGGGCUUCCAGGGGGAGCUGAACGUGGACUGGCGAGAUGAGCCAGAGGCCAGCGCAGUGGAGGAGGUGCACUGGUUUCCUGAGAGCUCUACGGAGAUACCCGACGCAGACGAGCUGAGAGACUGGAUGACUGUGGGAAAGAGGAAGAUGGAGAUUGAGGAUGAGACGGAGUUCUGCAGCGAGGACCUGCUGCACAACCUGCUGCGCUGCAAGAGUGUAUUUGAUGACCUGGAGGGUGAAGAGAUGCGCCGGGCACGGACACGGUCCAACCCAUAUGAGACCAUUCGAGGGGUUUUCUUUCUGAACCGAGCGGCGAUGAAAAUGGCCAACAUGGACCACGUGUUCGACUACAUGUUCACCAACCCAAAGGAUGCCCAGGGGAAGCCCUACACCCGGGACCGCGAGGGUGAGCUGCUCUAUUUCGGGGACGUGUGCGCCGGCCCCGGGGGCUUCUCAGAAUACGUGCUGUGGCGCCGGCGGUGGCAUGCUAAGGGUUUCGGGAUGACCCUCCGCGGCCCCAACGACUUCAAGCUGGAAGACUUUUUCGCCGCCCCCAGCGAGCUCUUCGAACCCUUCUAUGGGGAGGGAGGAGUCGAUGGUGACGGGGACAUCACCCGCCCGGAGAACAUCAGCGCCUUCCGGAACUUUGUACUGGAGAGCACUGAAAGGCGAGGGCUGCACUUCCUCAUGGCAGAUGGGGGCUUUUCAGUGGAAGGACAGGAGAACCUCCAGGAGAUCCUUAGUAAACAGCUACUUCUCUGCCAGUUCCUCACGGCAUUGUCUACACUGAGGACUGGUGGCCACUUUGUGUGCAAGACCUUUGACCUCUUCACUCCCUUCAGCGUGGGUCUUAUUUACCUUCUGUACCUCUGCUUCGACAGAGUGUCCCUCUUCAAACCUGUGACCAGCAGACCCGCCAACUCUGAGAGGUACGUGGUGUGUCGCGGUCUCAAGCCUGGGUCGGACCCUGUGAGGGAUUACCUGUUCACCGUGAACCUGAAGCUGAACCAGCUGAAGCACGCGGAGUCGGACGUCACCGAGGUCGUGCCGCUGGACAUCAUCAAGGCGGACACAGACUUCUACAACUACAUGAUCAACUCCAACGAGCGGCAUUGUGCCAUCCAGAUCAAAGCCCUGGCUAAAAUCCAUGCCUACGUUCUGGACACGACGCUGUCAGAACCGCAACAGGCCGAGAUCCGCAAGCAGUGCUUGAAGCUUUGGGGGAUCCCAGACAAGGUGCGUGUGGCACCAGCCUCCGCAGACCCUAAGAGCAAGUUCUAUGAGCUGAUGAAGGGCUCUGACAUUGAAGCCUUCAACUAUAAGCCCACCCCGCUGAGUCACAGCACGCUGGAAAAGAUGCAGCACGUUCUGGACUACCGCUGCAUUGUGGGAGGUGGAGAGCAUCUGUUUCUCCUCAGUUUGGGGAAGUCACAGAUCUAUACAUGGGAUGGCAAAACACCGUUGCGGUGGAAGAAGCUGGAGAACUUUAAGAUGGAGCUGCCCAGAGAUACGCUGCUGAGCGUGGAGAUUGUGCAGGAGCUCAAAGGAGAGGGCAAGGCUCAGCGCAGGAUCAAUGCGGUCCACGUCUUGGAUGCUCUGGUGCUAAAUGGGACAGAUGUGCGGGACCAGCACUUCAACCAGCGGAUCCAGAUGGCAGAGAAAUUUGUCAGAGCCGUCUCCAAACCCAGCCGGCCUGACAUGAAUCCGAUCCGAAUAAAAGAAGUGUAUAGACUGGAGGAGAUGGAGAAAAUCUUUGUUAGGUUGGAGAUGAAGGUGACAAAGAGCUCAGGGGGUGUCCCACGUCUGUCGUACACUGGCAGGGAUGACCGACAUUUCCUUCCCAGUGGUCUCUACAUUAUAAAAACAGUCAACGACCCCUGGACGAUGGCGUACAGCAAGAAGUCCAAGCGGAAGUUCUUCUACAACAAACUGACAAGAGAAUCAACAUACGACCUUCCGAGUGGUUCUGUAGCCCCCUUCCAUGUGUGCCACUUCGAGCGCAUGUUCUGGGCGUGGGAAGACGGGGUCCGAGUGCAUGACUCCCAGACCAGGGUGGACCCCGAGAAGCUGUCCAAGGAGGAUGUGCUGACCUUUAUUCAUCAGCACUAUCAACCCUGAGCAGCAACGUUGGACGCAAAGGCACUGUCCGCCCCCAUGCGCCACUUAUAUCUACAGGGCAGAAUUAUACCCAACUUAUAUUUUUUAAAUUUCUUUAUACAUCCUCCUCCCUCCAUUUGGAACAACAAUUCAUAUGAAACACUUCUAUUCUUAUUCUCUAGUACAUAUUCAGUGUUGGGGGUGUAGUAACGGUCAGGAUGACUCUUGGUGUAUAUUGCACUUUGAACCUGGCUCUGUUCAGAAGUACAUAAAGCGUGUAUAUUGUGUUAAACAUUCAUCAUCUCCCCGGUAUUUAGGUAACAGCUAGUAUGUGCCGUUUCUCCACAACCGUCUCCAAGUGCUUCACCAUACUGCCUGUUUGGGGCCGGAUGUGACCUUGCAUGUCUUACAGUAGCUGAAGUGGUAAGAAAAGUGACGCAGCUGGACUAAAAUGGUCAGAUUGUCUUGAAGUGCAAGACACACAGCUACUGUGCUUUGUGUCUCUCGGACCUGGUACUUUUUCUCUCGUUUUACUUUUAAACGCUGAUGUUUAAGCUGGAGAGGCAAAAUAUUAUUUAAGGUUCAAUCUACAAAUUUGAAACCCUAAAUGAUAUAAUAAACAUUUGUUCCUUAACCCUUUCCAUGUCUUUUUUU